AUCAAACAUAACCUCUGUUUGACAUAAACAGUAAACACAGAUGGCAUACAUAGGCUGUAAUAGGCUUAGUGCAGGCUGUGGGACUAUUAUUCUAAAAAGUAAUUAGUAUGGUGAAGUGCUUGAAGAAAUUUUUCCAUAAAUCUGCAUAGAGAACUGGCUAUAGGAAUCAAUUUAUAAUUAAAAUAUCACAAUGUUUAAAUCCAUUCGUAUUUACAGCGGAUUGGUUUUAGCUGGUGUUAAGGAAUUAAAACUUUACAAUUAUGAUUUAUAUAACAUUAGAUUUGUUAGAAAUGUUCAUGCCAUGAACACCAAAACAGACAGAACAAACAGCUAUUAUAAAUUUUAUUUAGAAACACCAAAAAGUUUGUGUCAAUGUCCAUUUAGAAUAAGGUUUCAAUCAACUGCUUCUCGUUUGGAUAACGAUAAACUUUACCAAUUCCUAAAAAACAUAAAUGCUGAUGUCUUAAAUUCAAAAUUUAGUGUUAAUAAAAAUUCAUCGAUUUUUAAUUUAAUGGCAGAAAAGGAUAAACUUGAAGAUACAUUGAAACAGCUUGAGUCAAUGAAGGAAAGUGGAGGAAAAGAUGAAAAGGAGAUGUUGGAUUUAAUUGAAGACGAUUUAAUACAAUAUAAAAAUGAAUUAAACCAAGUUUACAAACAAAUACUUGACUGUCUCAUGCCAAAAGAGAACUUUGAAGACUGCAAUGACAUAGUGAUGGAAAUAUCACCUGGGGUCGGAGGCUCAGAAGCGAUGCUGUUUGCGAGUGAGCUGCGUGACAUGUACUGUGGCUUCUUAGAUUACAAAGGAUGGCAAUACUUCAUAGCAGAGAAUGAUGAAUCAGAUCUAGGAGGAGUGAGACACUGCAGCCUGCUAGUAUCUGGGCCAGAAGCAUACAAUGUGUUGCAGCAUGAAGCGGGUGUACACAGAGUACAGAGAGUUCCUGUGACAGAGCGCGGAGGCAGAGUACACACCAGCACCGUCAGUGUGGCAGUGCUACCACAACCCUCCGAUAUAGAAGUGAAUUUGAAAGAAACUGAUUUGAAAAUUGAGACCAAACGAGCAAGUGGAGCUGGUGGGCAACAUGUAAAUACAACUGACAGUGCAGUUCGAAUUACUCACAUACCAACAGGGAUUGUAGUUGAGUGCCAGUCGUGUCGGUCCCAGAUCCAGAACAAAACUACAGCUCUAAAGCGGCUUCAGGCUAAAAUCUAUGAAAGAGAACUCAAUCAAAUGGAUUCAGAUAUUCGUAAAAAAAGAAAAAUACAGAUCGGCACUAGUGCAAGAUCAGAAAAGAUAAGAACCUACAAUUUCAGAGACGAUAGGAUAUCGGAUCAUAGAAUUACUACUAAUCUCCACAACCUGAGACAGUUUCUGCAGGGAGGAGAGGCUCUCGAUGGUCUUCUCUGUGAACUUAGGACAUGGAGGCACAAUCUUAGAAUCCAACAGUUUAUCAGUAGUUUACCACCAUAGUAAUGUUCUAAUAAAUAUAUUAGAAUCUCUUGUUA